AUGGAUGUUAAAACAAUAUUUCUGAAUGGGAAUCUUCUUGAGGAUGUGUACAUGAUACAACCUGAAAGUUUUGAAUCGAAGAAAUUUUCUAAUAAGGUAUACAAAUUGCAAAGCUCUAUUUAUGGACUUAAGCAAACUUCGCAGAGUUGGAACAUUUGUUUUGACGAAAUAGUUAAACAGCUUGAUUUUGUCAAAAUUAUGGAUGAACUUUGUGUAUACAAGAAGGUUAAUGGAAGUGAAGUUUAUGGAGAUAUCCAAGAAGGAUUCCUAACUAUGUCACUUAAAGGGAUUGAUGAACUCAAAGUUCAUGGAUAUUCAGAUGCGAAUUUUCAAUUAGAUUUUGAUGAUAAUAAAUCUCAAUCUGGUUAUAAUUUUACUCUAAAUGAUGAAGCAGCAGCAAAGGAGAAAUUUAUUUCUGAACUUGGUGUGGUUCCUAGCAUUGUUGAUCCAGUUAUAUUGAACUGUAAUAACAAUGGAGUCAUUGCAUGA